AUGAGCUUCGAAAAAAAGGUAACGUUUUACAAAAACGAACUCAGGCAGAGGGACGAGGAGGACCAGGCGAGGUUUAAAAAGGCCGUCAAAUUUCAAAACAAUUUUUCUGCCAUGCAAGAUGAAUUUGUUAAGAGGAAAGAAUUCUAUAAACUUCGGGAGGAAAUAAAAAAUUACAAACACAAAAUGGCGGAGCUGCAAAAUGAAAAUGGCUGUUUAAAAGGGAAAGUACAAUUAUGCUAUGCGGAAAUGAAAAAUUUGAAGGAAGAAAUCCGAGUGAAGGAUAAGCGCAUUAUUCGCUUGAUGGCGGAAAAUGACGUAGCGGAUAAAUUGCGCCAGGAGAUGUGCCUUGCAGUACAUAGGGGAAACAUUGAGGGCCGCCCCACGCCCAGUUAA